AUGGCAGCUAUUCCAGAUAAAGUGCGUAUUGGUUCUCGUAUUCAAGUGGGUAAAGAUCGCGCUACGAUCAGGUUUAUAGGAUCAGUACCUGGAUCUAAAGGAGAGUGGUUAGGUGUUGAAUGGGAUGAUCCCAGUCGUGGUAAACAUGAUGGGAGUCGUGAAGGUGUUCGUUAUUUUGAGUGCAGGGGGUCAACCUCUGGAUCAUUUAUACGCUAUCAUCCCGAGAAAAUUUUGCUCGGCGUCACUUUUCUUGACGCGUUAAGAGACAAGUACUUGGAACAAGAUGAAUUGACUAGAAUCAAAGGAGAAGCAUACGAUAAAUCAAAAGAUCGAGGUGAAUUGUAUCUUGGAGGCAAUAAGCAAAUUGUAGUAGAGACAUAUGGUUUUGAAAAAAUCCAACGGUUCCAAAGUAAUCUCAGUAGGCUCAAGGUAGUGGGAUUGGCUGAACAGCUGGUUCAGUCGGCAGAUGCUCCAGAUCAAAUCAGUGAAGCCAAAUUGACCAUCGAAGAUCUAGAUUUAUCUCGGAAUCUUAUUUCAGACUGGGAGACUGUUUCUCUUAUUGCUUCACAACUUCCUCAACUUGUUAUAUUGCGUCUCAAUCAUUUGCGAUUCACAAGUCCACCCAGAGAGGGAUUGAGUCUGCAUAACCUCAAGACAUUGGCAUUGAAUUACACUGCCAUCAGCUGGAAUGAUAUCCAAUUACUUUCUAGUUCUUUACCAAAGCUAGAGGAUUUACAAUUAGGCGGAAAUGAGUUAUCAGAGUUAAGCGAAAUCAACUUGCCUUAUCUGAAAUGCCUUAAUUUAGAAGAUAAUCAAAUCAAUGAUUGGAAUCAAGUGGCUAAACUUGGAUCAUUGCCGAAACUGGAAAUCCUGUUUUUGAAUGGAAAUCAAAUCACAAAAAUACACUCAACAUCAAAUGAUCUAUUUCCAGCUUUAAAUUACCUUAGACUAGAUAAUAAUUUGAUUGACAAUUGGGAUAGCUUGAAUGCAUUGAACCAAAUCACAAGUCUAACUAAAAUUAGAUGCAAACAUAAUCCUAUUACUAAAGACAUGGACAAAGAACUUGAGGCUGCUCAUAUUGCUGGUAGAAUAAAAAACCUCACACACAUCAAUGGCAACACGUUGACUGCCCGAGAGAGAACCGAUUUAGAAAGAUAUUAUUUGAAAUUUUGUACAAAAGAUGGAUCAACAAAAGAAGACAUUGCAGCUGUACAUCCUCGCUAUACUGAAUUGUGUGCACAACAUGGUGAGCCUGAUUUGGGUAUUCAAACAAAAGAAAGUUCAUCAGCACUAAAAGACAGACUGAUUAAUGUCCAGUUAACAACAAGAGAAAGUAUACCUUCCAUGCAUGAUUUCUUGGCUCAAAGACAUCAAGCUGACCUCCCGUUAUUGAUCAGCUCAACACAAAAGAAGUUUCUCAAGACAAUGACGAUUCGAAACGUGAAACAUAUGAUUCAGCGAUUGUUAAAAAUACCUGCUUCAAAUCAGCAUUUGUAUUUGUUACAGCCUAUCUCUGGAGAAAGUGAUCGUGAUUUGAUGGUUAUGGAUAUUGAAGACGAUUUAAGAGACCUAAAGUUUUAUGGUAUCAAUGAUGGAGACGAGAUUUUGGUUUUGAAGGAAUAA